GCGCAUGCGCUCUAGGAAAUGCAAUCACCUCCGCCACCAACCACAACUACCAACCAGCCAACCACCACCACCACCACGACCGCCACCACCAAACCCAACAACCAAAGGCCUCGUCCGCCUUCGCGCUCUGCCUCGUUACGCCAUGCGUCGGUGCGAAGCGCGCGCCGCCGCCGUCGCCCUCCUCCUUUGCGCUGUGCUCCUCUCCCCGGGGCGCACGGCCGACCACGCCGCAGACUCCUCCCAUGGUGGGGGGCUCGACGAGAAUGGCGGUGGGGGGCCCGGUGGGGAGGCCCCCCCGGUCGACUUCAUGAAGCCCGAGGAGGCCACGGUGGAGGAGCAGGGAGACUUCUCGGAUCUCCUCGCCGCUGUCACACGGCUCCUCAGGCCACCUGACAGGCCGGCCGAGGAGGGAGCGGAGGCCGAGGUGGAGGUGGAAAAUGACGAGGAGGUUGAGGAAGUGGAGGGUGUCGAGGUGGAGGAGGAGGAGGAAGAGGACGAGGAGGACGAGGAGGACGGGGGAGAGGACAGUCAGGUGCCGGGGCUGUCGAUGGUGCCGGGCAACCCGGUGCAGGCGGAGGACGGCGGCGGCCGGGAUAACGCCACGGAGGCUGCCGCGCGGCCCCCCAAGAUCAACUGCACGGAGCGCGCGGAUCCCGGCGAGGCCCUGGGGGUCUACAUCCUCCAGCAGUCGCAGGAUCUGCUCGAGGUGCUGAACGGCAGUGGCAGCGAGUGCGCCGUCGUCCUCUUCUUCGCGCCCUGGUGCCAGUUCUCGGCCGGGCUGGCGCCGCACUUCAACGCGCUGGCGCGAGCCUUCCCCUCCUUCCACUUCGUGGCGCUGGACGCCUCCCAGCACAGCAGCCUGGCAACGCGCUUCGGCACGGUGGCUGUGCCAAACAUUCUGCUGUUCCAGGGAGCGAAGCCGGUGGCGCGGUUCAACCACACGGAGAGAACCUUGCCCGCGCUCUCCUCCUUCCUUCUCAACCACACAGGAGUGCCUGCGGACGAGCAAGUGGCGGUGACACCGCAGGACCUGGAGGGGCCCGUGCCAAGCGAGGUGGCGCGUGCCACGGACUGGCUGCUCGUCUUCUCGCUCGCCUUCAUUGCCGCGUUCCUCGCGUACGGUGCCAGCCAGACCGGCGUGCUGCGCCGCGUCAUGCCCGCCGCCUGGCACCACCAGCGCCAGCAGCACCAACACCAGGACUGAGCUGCUCGCCAGUCUCCGACGUGUGCGUAUGGUGGUGGUGGGGGGGGGGGGGGUGUCCACCUAAGCACUACCCCAACACCUGCCCACCGCCACCCUGUGUGGCUACACUGUGGAGAUAUUUUUGUAUAAAGCACAGCACGUUAGUGUGGUGGUUGCAGCGAUGGUGGCGCGUCACCAGUGCGGCAUGUUAACAUCAGCACUGGAGAGACAAUGGAGACCGAGCGUGGUGAUGGCCAACACCACCCCCCUCCCUGGCACCCCCUGUGCACAGCGGCGGCCUUUACAGGUGCUCACAAGACCAGCACUUGCCCCCACGUCCUGUUCAAGGCUAUACCGGGGGAUUACAGCUUUUCUGGCAUCGUGUGACGUGCUGGUGAUGCACGUGCCAGUCCACCCCGUGAGAUGCGGGCCCAUCCUGGGACCGCAUCGCCGUGGCGCAAGUAUCGAGUGUGCAGGCGGUGCAAUCACAUCAGGGCCCAAUGUUUCGGAAGGACCCGGGCACUGGGCAAAGAAGAGAGGUUUGUUGGGG